AUGGCUUCAAAGCUAACAACAUGCUUUGUGUGCUGGAACCUCAACACCGGCUUCAACUGUAAUAACCACCUUCAUAACACUCGUGUAUCGCGUUCUCCGUUUCCGCUCUUUUGCAAAAUGCCACACCGUAUCCUCAGUCCGCAGCAGAGAAGACAUUAUCACAAGAGAACUACAUCGCAGCCUUCUAUUGACGGGGCUCUCAAGCCGAAUCAACGUUUAAACUCUGAUCUUAACAACAAGCUUUCUUUUAAUUCUCUGCACAAUUUGAAUGGUCCAGUUCUGCUGCAUGAUAAUAAUUCUACACCAUCGGCCUUGAAUGUAAAUGGUGCCGAGCAGACUGAACAACUUUUUGGUGGUCAACUUGAGGAUUUGUUAACCAUGAUAAAAAGUGCAGAGACAAACAUCCUUCUUAUAAAUCAGGCUAGAGUCCGUGCACUUGAAGAUCUUCAAAAGUUUCUUGCAGAAAAGAAAGCGUUACAAGGGGAUAUCAGUAGAUGA